UGCGGGGCCGCGCGAGGGAAGCGGCAGUCGCCAUUUUGAAGCGGUUGUAGGGAGGCGGCGUGUGUAGCUGCUCCUGAGCGUCCGGCCCGUUCCCGCCGCUUACUUACCCGUUUACUGUCCCAGCUUCGGCUCGUCACCGCCGCAGCCAUUGCCGACCCUGCCAUGUCCGGAGGGGGCGUGAUCCGCGGCCCAGCCGGUAACAACGACUGCCGCAUCUACGUGGGGAACCUGCCGCCCGACAUCCGCACCAAGGACAUCGAGGACGUGUUCUACAAGUACGGGGCCAUCCGCGACAUCGACCUGAAGAACCGCCGCGGCGGGCCGCCCUUCGCCUUCGUGGAGUUCGAGGACCCCAGGGAUGCGGAGGAUGCGGUGUACGGAAGGGAUGGGUACGAUUAUGAUGGAUAUCGCCUGAGGGUGGAGUUUCCCCGAAGCGGCAGAGGCACCGGCAGAGGAGGUGGCGGAGGUGGAGGUGGUGGGGCCCCCAGGGGCAGGUAUGGCCCCCCGUCCCGGCGGUCUGAGUAUCGAGUGAUAGUUUCCGGACUGCCUCCCAGUGGAAGUUGGCAGGAUUUAAAGGAUCACAUGCGUGAAGCAGGUGAUGUAUGUUAUGCUGAUGUUUUCCGAGAUGGAACUGGUGUCGUGGAGUUUGUACGGAAAGAAGAUAUGACCUACGCAGUGCGAAAACUGGAUAACACUAAAUUUAGAUCUCAUGAGGGAGAAACUGCCUACAUCCGUGUUAAAGUUGAUGGCCCAAGAAGUCCAAGCUAUGGAAGAUCUCGGUCACGCAGCGUAGUCGUAGCAGAAGCCGUAGUCGAAGCAACAGCAGAAGCCGCAGUUAUUCCCCAAGAAGAAGCAGAGGAUCUCCACGCUACUCUCCCCGUCACAGCAGAUCCCGUUCUCGUACAUAAAUGAUUAGUGAUGCUCUCUUUUUGUAGAACCCCAUGUUGUACACAGUUUUCCUUUACUCAGUACAGUCUUUAAUUUUUUAAUUCAAACUGUUUUAUUCAAAUUGGCUGAAGUGUUGAAUUGCAUUCUUGUGUAAUAUCCCUAGUGAGUAUUUGCUCCUUACCAUCAACAUUCCCCUCAUGUCUUUGGUAAAUUGUAUUUUAAUUGAUGUUAUAGCCAGGAUUGUUUAAUUUAGUUAACUUUAAUUACCCACACUUUGCAGACUGUGGUAUUGCUGUGUAAAUGUCUCAGUGUUCAGCUAUGGUUUAUACGAGCUGGGGAUGUUGGGAUGUUUGUGGUUAACUUGUUUCUUCUGGGGGAUCUUAUAUUUUAUCUUGCCUUUUCAUGUGUCUUUCUGUAGACAUAUCUGAAGAGAUGGAUUAAGAAUGCUUUGGAUUAAAGGAUUGUGGAGCACAUGUCAAUCAUUUUAGGAUUGUCAAAAGGAGGAUUGAGGAGGAUCAGAUCAAUAAUGGAGGCAAUGGAGCAAAGCGAGGACCUGGAGAGGUACGCUGGAGCAAUCUCCUUGGAAGGAUUCAGCACGAGUAGAUGGUAAACAUUAAAGGGGAAAAGGGGGGUUUGUUUAAAAAAAAUCAGUCAUUUCUCUAAAUUUAAAGAUAAAUUGGAGUUAAAGAUUAAGUAGGUUUUCAAUUGGCUUACAGCCUUUUUUUUCUUUGACAAAUAAAAUUUUAAAAAAAAAUUGCAUGGUGGUUCUCAUUUGUCAAAUGUAAGAAUCUUAAGAUAGUCAUCAAAGUCCUGCCACAAUGAACUACAAUAAGACUAAAGGUUACACUUAACAGUAUUCAGACAAAGGGAUUUUUAUUUUGAGUUCCAUAAAGGUCCAUUUUUUUUCACACCAACUCUUAAUGUUAAUAGUUGAGGUUUUAAGCAGGUCACUUCUUUUUAAUUUUUAGGAUUAUAUAGAGGAUUUCUUAAUUUGAAGAGAAUACUGUGACGCAUAUUUUAUAGACAAUGUUUUGAUCAGUCACUCUUAACUGAUCAAGCUCACUGAAAUUUUUUUCUUUUAAAAUGAAGACAACCAAGGUUGGAAUGGUAUGGUAAGAUUUUUCAUGUUAUAAACUGUUUUAUCUGUUCUUGCUAUUGUAAUCUGAUAGUUUAUUGCCUCUAAAGCAUCAAUCUUUCGCAAAACGGACAUAGAUUAGUUAUUGAGGGUAUACAGGAAAAAAGCACAAGUUUUAGCAAAACUUCUUAGCAACAACUUUGUAAAGACAAAACAUGUAGACAAACUCUUUUAGGGGACCAUGCUAUAAAGAGUGAGCUUGGUUGUAAUCCUGAUGCAAGUAAAUAACCAUAUGAUAGGAAGGACUAAAAUUUGCUUCAGACUGUUAAAAAUAAAAUGCUAAAGUAGUUUAGGUAAUUGGGGAAUUACAAAUAUUCAACUGGACUUCAUAUAUCAUUAAUAUGUGUGAAGAUUAAAUAUUAUAGGUUGUCAAGAAGAAAUCCCAAGAGGGUUAAACUUGUAAUUAAACCAUGAUUGUAUUGUAGGCUGUUGAGUAACGACGCCCGGGUCUGGUGUUUAGCUCCAGGCUAAGUCCUUUUAAUUCCCAUGGUGUGUCAUUGUGGGACACACUCUUUGGAGUAUCCGAAUGUGACAUUAAACUUUUCUAAAUGCCUAUAAAACUUAUAGCCAUGGAUCAUCAGAACUAGUUCACAGCCAAAUUUAUUUCCUUUUAAAACUUGCUGUUGUUUAAAUAUAAAUACACCAUACACUAUCAAUAAAAUCACUAUAUAAAAGCCAUUGUGAAAUGGAGUGCUGAGAGUAAGCAAGAGCGGGGGUACAAUAUGUAAGAUGUAACCAAUGAGUAAAGAUCAGAAUGCUUACAGGAUUACGGUUAAAUAAGAUGCCAAAAUAGAUUUACCUAGUCUGAUUUAUAACCCUUGCACAGAUGGUUUUCAUAACCAACACUGACAGGAGAGCUGUCAAACUAUUAAUUUUAAAUAGACUAAUGGUGUAAAUAUAUGUUAAGAUUUGAUUCCCUUCAGAGGUGGUUGUAGGUUGUUUCCAGAUGGCAAGGAGGGCUAGCAUCCAGACUGGAGUGACCAAGAUGACAAGUACAUUGCAUUUCAAGGGUUAUCUCAAAGUGGUUUGCAAUCAAAGUACACUUAGCCCUGGUGAAAGACAACCACCAUGGAAUGGAGGGCAGAUGUGUACUGGCACCCUCUAUGCCAGGAGGAGGAGGAGGACUUACUGGCCUGUCGGCUUAAUAUAAACAUCUACUCUUUAAAAAAAAUAUUACCAUGGGCUUUUUUAUGUCCAUGUGAAGCAGACAAUACUUUCCUUAAAGAAUCACUCAACAGCAUACUUCUAAAAGGUUGGAGGAGGUUAACCUCUCAUAGUUUAAACAGAACAGCAGCAUCUGCUUUUUCAUAUAUAAACUUAAAUAGAAAGAAAUUGAAUAAUUCUGAAGAUGUUUCUUUCUUUCCUGCUGACUGCUAAAGAGAGAUGAUUCAAUGGAUUGGGUACAGGACAUGGCAACUGGUGUUCCCUAUUCCUGUGUCUGCCAUAAGUUUCCUAUGUGGUAGUGGGCAAAUCCAUUUGAAUUUUCAUUUUCUUUGUAACAUGGAGACAAUAUGUACCUCACUACAGUGUUGUGGCACUGAUGUUUGUAAAGCACUUUGAGAUCCUGAAAUAAAAUUGUUAUAAUGCAAAA